CGAAAGAAUCAACAGACGCGCUAGCUUUUCUUACGUACGUCGAGAGGACAAUAAGUAAGAUCGCGACAGAAACAAUGCUAACGAAUGCAACUGCAAAUGUGGUGAAAAACGAACUUUGGUGGUCUAUAUACGCUUGGUGGACGUGUGUGCUUGUGUGUAAGAUGAUGUUGUUGACUUGGUACACUGGACAAAUACGAUAUAGAAAACAGGUGAUCCACAGCGAAGAGGACAGAAUGUGGAUGAAAAAAAAAUCAAAUAUAAUUUUACAUCCAGCCGGCAAUGGUCAUCUUGACGUGAUUCGGAUACGGAGCGCUCAUCGAAAAGAUCUCGAGACAGUUCUUCCUUUUAUAGUUUUUACGCCGUUCUGGUUAAACGUCGAAACAUGUAAUUCUACGGUAAAGAUUUUAAUACCGAGUUUUGCAUUAAUCAGUAUCUUAUAUACUUUGGUACAUAUGCAACUUCUACGAAUGUUUACUUCUUGGAAGUUUUACUUAUCUAUGACUCUGUAUUUAAUUUUAACUUAUAUAUGUGCAAUUGCUGCAGUCAGAUACACUAUUACUAUCUCAAAAUUGAUUGAUUGAUUAAAAACAAAAAUGAAAAGAACGAAUUUAUGAUGUCAAUAUGUUAUACUAUGUUAUACUAUCAAAUAAUUUUUGUAGAAAAAUAAAUGCAUAUAAAAAUAAUAUCUAAU